UUAGGGACUCUGACUCUGCCGGCUUCUGCAGAUCUGAUGUUUGGCUUUUCCUUCUUGAAAACAAAAGCAAGGCACCGUAACGGUCCUUCUCGGAAUGUGCCGAGGGGCAAGGACGCGGCUUCUCAGUUCACCUCCACGGCACGUGCAAACUGUUUCGAAGGCGUCUGAAGCAUUGAACACACAAAUUGAGCAGCGGGCAGGAAAUGCAGCGUGGCUCACUUCAGGGGGCUGUCACGAAGCUUGCCCAGAUACGAUUGUGAGGCAUGUUGAUAUCCACAAGCCAAACAAAAUGGCAUUUGUGUAAGCGCCGCUGAAAAUACUGUCUUUCAUGACAACCGUAAUGAAUCGUCUGUUUCAUCUCCCACUCUUUCUCUGUCCCUGCUCCCUCGUCAUAUGUUGAUCACCCCCUGUGCUAUUCAAAGGACUCUAAUUGCACGCUCCUUUUCUCUGCAGACUCUACUUGCCAUGCAUUACCCACUGCCGCCCCCCAGCACCCCCUUUUCUUCCAACGAACAAUCUCCAACCCGGCCACCCCCAUUUCCUCUCUCUCCCUUGAUUGAUUCUCACCUCUUCCAUUCUUGCCGUUCACCUCAUUAACGGGGAGCCCGUCCGCUCGUUUCCUAUUUCGCCUCCCACUCCUUCCUACAUCCCAUCCACCCGCCCCUCCUCACUUCCUGUCCUGUCGUCUCCUAAGCGACAGCUGGCUCAAAUCCGUUCUAUCCGGCCGAGGCCUCGCAAUGUUCUGUAAUUAGAGGGGAGUAUAAUAGAGCGGGCUCCUCUCUAUUAUACUAUUAUAAUAGCACCACCGCCGUCCAUCCAUCCAUCCGUCCAUCCAUCCAUCCAUCAAUUCACUCAUCAGUUCAUGACUUUAAUCAGUGGGACACAAUAGGACGUCACCUGCUUCCAGAUGUAGCCGCUGGAGAGAGGCACAGCCGCUGUCACAAGCCAUUUGGGUCUGAGGUGGCGUCCGCAGCGCCCGCUCAUUAGGGCCUCCUCUUCCUCCACGGCUGUCUCCAUUAAUUAGGUCUCCCCGAGAAUGAGGGAGAGGGAACGCGUGAAAAGAAUCAAGCUCAUUUAGUCGUGUUGAUUUAUUUAUUUACAGAGGCUUAUCUAGCAUGUUCUUCUUUAUUGGUUUUCCUCCCGAAACCCCAGAGGAAUCACGGAUAUCCGAGUGCGCGUUAGUGUUUGCUCUCACGUGUGUGCGUGUGAACACAUGAAGUUUGUCACAGCGGUUGUUCUGAUCCUCAAUCAAUGAAACCCAGCGAGGGGAAGUAAAAUAGAGUACUGCAGGAGCUUGUAUACUCUAUAAUUCUACACCACUACACUUCAGAGGAUCCGUGUUCAGAGUGACUAACAAACUGCGGAGCCAUGGGCUGCGGGCUGCGCAAGAUGAAACCGGCGUCGGAAGGGGACAGUCCGGGGAAGAUUUACUCCACCCUGAAAAGACCCCAGGUGGAGACCAAGGUGGGCGUGGCCUACACCUACCGCUACCUGGACUUUCUGAUCGGCAAAGACGGUGGGACGUCCACGCUGCAUCUCUCGUCCGUGCGGGAGCUGCCAUGUCAGCUGCAGGAGCUCUACCAGCAGGGCUUUGUGCUGGCAGCCGUUCACCCGUUCAUCCAACCCUGUGGUCCAGAAUCAAACAGCCCACAGCACCAGCUCUACCGGGCCAUACUGGUCCGACUCAACGAUGGGGUGGAAAGGAGCCAGCCGGUCUGCCCACCACACAAACUGCACCUGGAAGAGUGUCUGUCCGCCGGGCAGGUGCCCACCCCGGAGCUCAUCCAGGGCUACGUCAAGAAGCAGAUCCAGGAUGCUGCUGACCAGGGGGUGACAUUUGUGGGAUUUGUCCAGGAACCCUAUGGGGCCCCGUGCACCACAAUCAGAGAACCAGACACCCCCUCCCUCUCCCUGCACUCCAGCCCCAGCUCAUUGCUCGGUUCCCUGAGCAGCUGCAGCCCCUCGUACCCCUCAAGCCCCAGAAAUCAGGCACAACCCGGGGCUGAAGCUGGCACGGUGGACAAAGAGGCGAAUGAGGAACCCUCGCGUGAGGCCAGGGACGGAGCACCGAGUGGGGAGGAGAAUCAGAGCGGGAACACUGGGAACCAUUCAGGGUGCGGGUUGGAGGGCAGUCGGGACGAGGCCUCGUCUGCGACGUCUCCAGUAUCGGAGUUAGAUCUGGAGCUGAGGGAGGAGAACUCGCCGUGUCACAAUAACAACAAAGACAGUGGCACAGAGACAAAGGAGAGGCCAAGAUACCGGCCACGGAGAGGCGAUGGGGUGGAACUGCUCGCUUUGUACAACCAUCCAGCCGUCCGAGAGGGCCAGGUGAAGUACUACACUGUCAAGGUGCCGCUCCGGGUUCAAAAAUGUGACGAGGGCGUCAAAGGCGUGGAGGCCAAUUGGCUGGAUCACAUGACGCAGCACUUCAACAAUGGAGCGUCGCUGGUCGAUGGAUACUUCCACCUGGGCAACGUGAACGAUUUGCUGCCUAAGUCCGUAGAAAGCGUCUUCAUCUUCCAGGAGGCAAGCGAGGGUGAGCCGAGUGCGGCCACUCCGACAUAUGACGCCAUCGUGGUGGAGCAGUGGACAGUUAUCCAUGGUUUACAGGUGAAGGCUGAUUAUGUUCCUCUGCUGCAGUCGCUUGCUACAUACGGAUGGAGACUCACGUGUGUGCUGCCAACUCCUGUAAUCAAGACUAACAGCGACGGGAGUCUGUCCACCAAACAGAUUGUUUUCCUGCAAAGACCCGUGUUGGGCCGGAAGAGGAGGGAAGCCAAGAAACUGAUCUUCAAGCCCCGAAGCAAGUCCAACAAGAACUGCAUUAAAGACACAGCCAAGAACAAGAGGAAGAAAAAAACAAAAAGCGAGAAGGAGGCAGAAGACCCCAAGAUUCUUGAUGACAGAGAAAAGUUUGAGAAAGAGGAAGACAAGAGUAGGGAGGACAGAGAGAAUGCAGUGAGAGAAAGUGGGACAGUGAAAGAAAGGGAAUCGAGGUGUGAGGAAGAUGGAAAGAUUGAUGACGGGGUUGAGAUCAGCAUAGAGACUGUCGAACAGAAGGAGGGAGGAACAGAGACGGAAGACAAAGGAGCAGGAAGUGGCGCAGAAGGAGAAGAAGACGUAGAAGUCACAUUGGACGGAGAGGGAUCAAAGGAGAAUGGAGAGCCUUUAGAAAACAGAGAAGUCCAGGAAGUGGCAGAAUCGGUUGCGACUGUUGGAGCAGAGAACGAGACCAAAGAAAAGGAGGAGAAGGGCGGUGCAGAAGUUGAGGCUGUGAUCGAAAACGGUGUGGCUGCGGAUGAGGAGAAAGAUGAGGGCGAAGAGAAUGCGAUCAAACACAAGACAGAGGAGCCGGGUGUGGAGGUCAUCGCCAAGGAGAUUGUGGCAGAUUCGCAGGCCACCCUGACCAAUCAAAGCCCAGAGGAAACUCAAGAGUAGCUCUUGUCAGGCUUUUGCCCCAUCCUACCUCUCAAAUUCCCCUACGUAAAAUCUGGUUCACAGUGUUGUCCCUGAUCCAGAUUAUCGGGGCUUUGACCCCCACCGCUGCAGCAUCGUCCCAACCUGCCAUCUUGGAUGGAUGAUUUCCCCCCAACCUGCCAAAGUGUAGCUACAGAAUGAUUUCAUGUUAGUGCAGACAUCAGUCCUACUGUAUAACCACACAUAUUGAAUGUAUAUAUCCAAAACGGGCAAUGCUGGAGCGCGACGGUCAAUGUGGAGUCACUGGAAAAACUGGAUUGCCGUGCGACGGCGAGGUUGCCAUGAUCGAACAGGAUGAGAUUAUGUUUUUGGACAAUAAUUCAAAGACCUGGUCACAUCAGUACUUCAAACAGCAACAUUUUGCAUUGAAAUCAGUAAAUUCAAAUAAUAAUAAAUUGCAUUUAUAGAGCACUUUUCAUUGCUAAAAGCAAUCUCAAAGUGCUACAGAGUAGAAACAAGAUGGCGAUCAAUGGAUUUGUUCUCGGAGGCAAAGCAAUUCAGCUGUAAUUCUUUGCACCAAGUUCGAAUUUAGUAGAGUUUGUCAUCCAAGUUUGUGCUCUUGACCGAAAGAAAGUCAAAAAUGGAGGAGGCUAACAUAUUUUAUUAGCUGUGUUGCAAUAUCAACCUAUUUUAACCCCCCCCCCUGUCAGCGUAAAAACAAUAGUGGAAUGGUUUGUAGAUCAUUAUAAGACAGGAGACUGUACAAAUAUGAUUUUUGUGUAAGCUAGUCUGAGCAUAUUACCACUUCAAUAAAUCUUUAUUGAAUGAAAGGGUGUACACCGGAUUAAAUGUCCCAAUACAGAGAAAAUAGAAAAAGAUAUUAGAGUUAUUAAGAAUAAGUCAUGCUCGCUUGUUAGCAGUUAGUUCACCAGCUAGCUUGUGCAAAUAGCCGCGACAGUAUGUCUGAAAGUUGGCAAAGACACUGGAAUGCUUUCUGAUGUGACCAGGCCUUUAUGGGGGGAGAGGAGAUUAUAUCAAGUCAAGCCUGAAAGAACAUCAGCUAUGUUCCUUUAAGGCCAAUUGCUUUUGAAGAAAAAGUUCGAGACCUCCCAACCUACCCCCUUCAGCUCUUCUUGUCUUGUCCGGGAGUCACAGCGUCUACUUUACAAGAGGUACCUGACAAUUUGAGCAGCUCAUCCCAGUUUUCUGGAAGCCGUCGGAAGUCAGUUCCACAAUCCAAGAGGCAGAAAUCCAGACUAGACACAGGCCUGCCUCGUGAUAUACACACGAGAUACACACAGUGAGAGGGCAGAAAAGUGUCCCAUGUGACCCCAGACUGUACCACCAUUUCCUGCUCCUCCGUUCUGUGCACCAUAGCAAGUUGCGAUGUGGAGGGAACUUGGAGGAGAACACUGGUAGAGGUGAUGGGAAAGGCGUUUGUUGCGACAGGCAAUCCAAAGUAGGGUGGAGAGAUACAGUAAUUGUUUACGCUGAGCUCUAAGCCGUCAAGUGCUUCAAAGAGAGCCGAUAAUCACUCUUUGGUGAGGUGUGCUGAGCUCACCUUGCAUACAGAAUGUUCCAUAUUCAAAGCCAAGUUAGAUAAGGAUGUGAAAUUCAGCGGAAUGUUUGCAGCUCAAGGGCAGAAGUCGUACAUUGAGCGGUGAGGGGUUUAUUUUCUACGCAAAGUUGCAUUUUUAAUCACAUUUCCAGUCAAAGGCCACAGACAAAAAGCACGUCUCAGUGUGGAAACAAGGUUAAGCUGUGUGGUCAGGGUGGACGCCUGAUGUUUGCUCGCACCCAGUAAAUUGAAAGACUGGGAGAACAUGAGACAAAGGAAGGGGUUGAGCCUUGAACGAGAAAGACCAGAGAGUCAAAUAAAAAGAAAUUAAUAGGCUCAUUUACGGAAACAUCCAUUUGCAUUCCACAUCCCCCGUAGAGAUUUCUUUCAUUAUUUGUACCUCCAGCUCCAAGCACCUCUUACCAGACAUCAUUUCUGACAAUAACCAAGUCAUAAUGUGCUGUUUCAUUGCAUUUCCAUUUAAGAAAGGGGAAUGUGAAGAGGGGAGGUGGAGACGUUCGAUGUAGGGCUCUCAUUAGCUCACUAAUGUAUUUUGUUAGUGGAGUAUCUGUCAGGAAUCAUGCUCGGGGUCACAUACUGGGGGUUGUAUUGACGGCAAAAAAAUCGCCUUUCAAUUUAACGGUGAUGUCGUAGCACAUCAUUUGCACGGAGGAGGAUCAUUAUGUGUUAAAAAUGCUACAUUUUGCCAAGAAUUUCGACACACUUCAUGAAAUAUGUCAGAAAACCUAUUUCUUGAAAUCUUAACAAUCGGUUGAUCAAGAACGUAAACUGUCUUGCUCUAUAUAGACUAUAAUUUGUCAUCAUUUGGAUCUUUGGUUUUAUGAGAAUAGAUGAUACCUUGGUCAUGAAGAACAUCUCCUUUCAGGAGGUGAAAUUCUUCAAUUACAUACAAGUAAGAUUGAUUCGUGAUUAGUUAAGUGCUCUCCGUUUUUGGGGGGGGGGGAAUGAAUCCACCCACCGCUGAGAUUUUUUCAAUGUAAAAUCGCGAAUGUUGUUUUUUUUUUUGUGUAGAUUAGAGUAUAAACUGUGACCAGUGUAGCCUUAUUACUAUACUGUAAAUGGCCCACAAACCUGCUAUUAGAAAUGCCCUUUAGAGGCACAAUGGUGAUUUCAGUGUUAUAUGUUUGUCAUAGUCAAACAGGAAGGUUUUGCUACAGUCAGUGUUGGUAUUUUGAAGCUGUUGUUCCCUGUUUUUAAAUUACUGGAAUUCACAGUGAGGGGAUAAAGAUUUGUUUGUCUAAAUAAAUGAAGAUAAUGUGUUUUGGAUUUAUUUUUAAGAUUCUUUUUUUUUUUUUACUAUUAUAAUUGUGAAUGUUCUGUUUUUGAAUCGAGAGAUUUGUUUUAUUAUGGGCUUUGUGUUGCCUCUGCUGUUCCGCUAAAGCGCGCAAAACUGUGUUUCUGACUGACGCUUCGAGCUACCUCCCGAGGGCUGUUGUUGGUUUGAAACCACGGGGUCGCAGCGCGCUUGACCUCCUGAAACAUGUGGUCCUUGUCCUCUCGGCCUCCGCCAGACGGAGCCCAGAUCUGCGAGCGUGAGUUCGUCACGAACGGCAGACAAGGUCAAGGGUCAUAUUUGAGCCGGAAUGAAUUUUCCACAGCUGUACACAGGAGUUUGCACGAGCACAUGACAAAUAACCACUCUGAUAUAGAAUUAAGAUAUGAAUUUAUAUCAUAAUUUUCUCUGUGGUAUUUCUUUACUUUCUUUUUUUUUUUAAAGCUUUCAGCUGUUUGAGCUUUAAUAAGCACUUAUUGUAUUCAAGAAAUAUUUAAUGCUGCUGGGGAGCCAAUAACACUCAGCUGUCACUUUCACACUUUUGUCAGAUGUGACAAAUAUGAAUUAUGAAAGGCAAUACCAAAAUACGCCUUUUGAUAGCUGACAAGAUCUCCAUGAAUAUUUGAGAAAUUUCCCCACUGAAUCCUGGUCAACUUAUUUAAUCAGAUUUAAUCAAUUUCUUCAUUCUCCACGGCAUCAAGAUAAACAUUUUAGCUGUCAUCUAUCUGUUUUACGAAGAUGAAUUUAUUUCAGUGCUGCUGUCUCUCUCCUUUUCUUUCUGUUUUUCUGAACCUCUGACAUUUAUUCCCCUCUGGCAUCCUGAAAACAGACUGAUCAUAUUCCAGUGUGUCCUUAUAGAAGAGCAGAGUUUAGAAAAUCUUUAAACAUCCACAAACAUGGAUGAUCGUCACCUUGACAGAAGUUACAACCGGCCAUAUAGCCGUCCGUCCGAUCUGAGGCCGACCCUCCCUGAUAAGGGCUGAUUGGUUGCAGUGCAGUCUGACCUCUGACAUGAGUACACUCUAGGGUCUGUGGGUAAUUGUGAUUUUUUUUUUUUUUCUGGUAUUACAGAGAGAGAAAAAAGGAAAAAACACAGACAGGGAGAGAAAAGCGAGGCAGGAUCUGACACUCUAUCAGUUAAAUGAUGCUGAACCAUGUUAACUUAUCCGUCCGUGAAAAGAAGGAGACCUUUGUCUAAUGUUAGACCUUAAUAUACAUUUGCAGCCCUCUGCUCAUUUGUUUUAAAUAUAUAUAUGAUAUAUAUAUAGACAGUUUCCUGUAUUAUAUCAGCAUAAUUGUCUCUGAGCCUCAGUAGUGAUGCUGGUGCAAUCGUUCAUGGUAAUGCUGUUAAAUAAAAAAUGUAGUGGUUCAUUUCCUGUGUGCUACUAUGAUGUGCAAAUGGGUAGAGAAGAAAUGACAGAACAUGAUAAAAAAGGAUGCCAUCAUUUUUUUUUUCUUCUGUGUUGUCACUUUAGCUUCUUGGAAAAUGUAUUCUUAGGAUUCUCUUGGUCUCUGAUGUUAGAGUUUUUAUCACCUCAGCUGCCAUCUUGAAUGUUGAGUAUCUUUGAUCAUGUGCUGUUGUCACUUGCCUAGCAGUGAACAAGAAGUAUUCCUUAUCUCUGCAAUCCUGAGUAUGUCCACAUUCCUAUUGUUCAUGACAUCUGUACAAUUUGUAUAUUAUAAAAAUGAUUUAUAUUUAAUGUG